AUGGAAAUCGAAAUCCCGGCAGUGCACCCGGCGGUCGCCGUCAAGGCCCCGAGGGAGCCGCUCAUCAUCAUUGACGCUCCGACAUACCCACCCGACGCCGGCGAGGUCAUCGUCAAGGUGGAGUGGACCUCCUCGACGCCCUACCACCUGCACCAGGCCGACGGCGGACUGCUGAUCGACAUGUUCCCCCGGAUCCUGGGCGACACCUUCGCGGGCACCGUGCUCCUCGUCGGCCCCGGCCCGCACCACGUCCAUCUCCAGGUGGGCGACAAGGUGCUCGGGUACUCGUUCCGCGACGACAAGGACGGCAAGGAGAAGGCGGCGCAGACCCUCAUCACCGUCCCGACCUUCCUGCUGGGCAAGAUGCCCCGGGGCCUGACCAUGCAGGAGGCCGUGACGGUGCCCGACAACAUCGUCACCGUCUUCCAGGCCGCCGUCGUCGACCUCGGCCUGCCGCUGCCGUGGCCUUUGCCGGAGGGCUGGACGCCCCCGGAGGCCGAUGCGCCGAUCCUGCUCUGGGGCGGCGCCGGGAGCGUUGGCAUGUACGCUAUUGAGGUCUUCCGGCACUGGGGUUACAAGAACCUCGUCGUCGUUGCGAGCCCCAGGCACCACGAGUACCUCCGGUCGCUCGGCGCGACGGUCUGCUUCGACUACCGCGACGCGCGCGUCGUGCAGCACAUCCGGGAGUAUCUGGGCCCGGCAGGCGUGCCAUACAUCAUCGACUGCAUCGGCCAUCUGACGGGGUCGCUCAAACCCAUCACUCAGCUCGCCGAACGAGGAUCCAAGGUUGCCGUCAUGCUGCCUGUCAUCAUCAAAGACCCGACCGAGAUUGAGGCUCCUAUCUACCAAAUGACGGAGCCCGCCGAGGGCCAGUGGAAGGAGGGCGUCAUCGUGAAGGGUGUAAGGACACAUUUUUACCUCAAGAAUAAACUGUUCAAGGACAAGAUGCAAUGUGAGAUCAUCCCGGCGCUGCUGGAACAGAAGGUGGUGCGGCCGAACCCACAGAGAAUAGUCGAAGGGAACACGCUAUUAGAGCGCGCACAAGACGCCAUUGUGCUCUUGAGAAAUAAGGCGGUGAGUGGCGAAAGGCUUGUAUGGAGAGUAUCGGAGGACGGUGCCGUCUUCUGA